AUGUCAGACUCGGAAACGACGCCGUUUCUGGCUGCGUUGAGCAGUCCGAAAGCCGCCGAUCCCGAUGCGCGAGUGAUGGACGAACAAUCAGAAUCAACACCUUUAUUAUCGUCAAGCGCAACUCGGCGCUACGAUGGCGAGGAUGAUGACGUACGAGACGAGACAGCAUCUGUUGCUGCUGGCGAGACGGACGCCGUCUCGGUCAAAUCGACAAAAGACAGAUCGAUACCGAAGCCUUCACUGAUCGCUGUGAUUGUACUGUCACUCUUUGCGCUUGGGAUUAUGAUUGGGGCUUUCUUUGUGCCCGCCGCGGUGGAGGAGUACGCCAAACAAGCGAUUGUUCUUGAACCGACGAAUCUGUCGCUGGUGUCCAUCACGACCAACGGUGUACGGGCCAGAAUCCAGGCGAAUUUCCGCCUUGAUGCGCAGCGUGUGGAAAACGAACAUGUUAGACGGGUGGGCAAGGCUGCUACAUGGCUGGUUGGAAGUAUCGGGACGGAGGAUACCAGGAUCAAUGUCUACCUGCCAGACUACGACAACAUCUUGCUGGGAAGUGCGGCAGUCCCUUCGAUGGAUGUUAGUAUCGCCAACGGCCAGAACAACGCGGUGGAUUUUGUUGCCGAUCUCAUCCCGGGCGACGCUGAGGGUAUCCGAACGAUUGCCAAUGAGUGGUUGGAAGGAAGGCUGGAUACGGUUCGGGUGCUGGGAAAGGCUGAUAUUCAGCUGAGGGCGGGAAUGAUUCCUCUCGGAACGCACUCUAUUGCUGAGUCGUUGACAUUUGAAGGCCACAACAUGCCCCAGCUGCCCGCUUAUAACAUCACCAGGCUCAACUUUAAGGAGAUUCCCGUGCCUGAGCGAAGCACGUCACACGCUGAGCGGUGGGCCAUGGGUGUGGAGGUCACCAUCAAAGCCUUUAACGAGUACCCAAUCUCGGUCGAUAUCCCCGAGCUUGGAUUCGAGAUUCUUGUCCCCGGAUGCGGAACAAAUGACGCUCCCAUCGUCAUUGCGUCCGCCAUUACUCACCGCACCUCUGUCAAGUCCCGCUCCGAAGUUGCUGUCGAUGCCGAUGGUGUUGUCGACAAACUGCCUGAACCUUUGACUCGCGCUUGUCCCAACUCCAACUCUUCACCGCUCGAUUUGCUCUUCGAAAAGUUCCUUGGCAACGAAACAACGACCGUGCUUGUUCGAGGCCGACAGAAGCCCGGCGGCGACACACCAGCCUGGCUUGCUGAUGUCUUGUCCAGCAUCACUGUGCCUGUGCCAUUCCCAGGACGAUCGUUUGAAAACAUGAUUCGCGACUUCUCCUUGACGGAUGUUCACUUCAAGAUGCCAGAUCCAGCAGCCGAGCCUGACGACCCCAAAUCCAACCCAAGAGUGUCGGGCACGAUUCGGGUCAUCGCCGGGCUUCCGGCGGAGAUGAACUUUUCUCUCAAUGUCACCAAUGUUCGGGCCAACGCCGACGUUUUCUACAAGAAGGACAAGCUUGGAGAGCUGAACCUCAAAGAGUGGCAACAAGCAAACUCGACCCAGUUCCCCGCUACUGAUGGCGGGGAGGCUACCCUCAAGAUUCAGUCUCGGAUUGUCGAUGCGCCACUCAACGUGACAGACGCCGACGUCAUGACUGAUGUGAUCGCAGCUUUGCUUUUCGGAGGAAAGGGUGUUGAGCUCGACAUCAACGCGCUCGUCGAUGUCCAGGUGCAGACAGUCCUCGGUGGCAUCGUUGUCAAGAGGGUGCCCGCCGAGGGCAAAAUCCCAGUUAAACCUCUUGGAAAGAACCUCCCCGGUCUUGCGGAACCCAAAGUUGGCAACAUUGAAAUUCUCGACACGACGCCUGAUUCGAUUUCACUCCGUGCUUUGGUCAACAUUACCAAUCCUACGCCUUAUACAGCACAUAUUCCUUUUAUCAGCAUUCGUUUUGAAAAGAACGGCACCACGCUGGGAGAAGCCCAGGCAGAGAAUCUUGACCUUGGUCUCGGAAACAACACCAACAUCCCCGUCUUUGCCAGUUGGAAUCCCAUCCUCGGCGGCAAGAAGGACGGUCCCAAAGUCGGCCGGGAGCUCAUCUCUCAGUAUCUGUCGGGGUACAACACCACCAUCACGAUCCGCACCCACGCUGGCACGAUCCCCUCUCUCCCCUCCUUGGGGGCGUCGCUCUCGAGAUUAAACUUUACGCUCGACGCACCGAAGCUGUCUCUGCCCGGCAAGUCGGAAGACGACAAGACGCACUUUAUUCGGGAUGCGACGUUUCACCUCUGGUCGUCGACGGCGCAGUUUACGCUUGUGAGCCCGCUGAAAAAGAAUAUGCUUUAUAUAGAGCAUGUCAACGCCACGGCGCUGUAUAACCAUACGGAAGUGAUCGGGACGAUUGAGUAUGACUUGCCGUUUGCGGCGCCGCCGGGGGAGAGCAAGACGCCGAGGUUGCCGGUGGUGUGGGAUUUGGACAGCGUGGGGUAUGAUAAGGUCGAGGAGGCGCUGGGGGGGAGGAUGAAGCUGGAUGCGAGGGCGGUGGUGGGGGUUAGGUUGGGGAGGUGGAGGGAGAGGGUUUGGUAUUGGGGGAGGGGGAUUGGGGCUGCGGUUAGGUUGUGA